AUGGACAAGGAUACUGAAAUGACAUCGACAGACAGUCUCAGUCUCAGGCCUAGGAAAAACGCCUCUCCAGAAAGACCCAAAUCAUUUCACGGGCCCAAUUCUCAAAGACCGAAAUCUGUACAAGGAAGCCUACAAACAAUCGCAACACCAACAAUAAUACCUACUCUAAAAAUCCGUGAUUUCGCAUACCCACUAUCUGAUCCAAGGCAUGUAGGUCGUCCAAUUACCAAACAAGGAACAAUCAACGAACAGGAUGAAGACCAUGAUCACGACGACGAUGAUACCGAUAUUGACGAUACUACACCACCACCAUCAGCCAAUACCAACGAAACGGGUGUCGAUUUGCAUCUUAUAUUGCCGGCAUUAGCUAAAUCCUUGGCAUCUGCAUCAUCACCAGGUUUGCAAUUCUAUCGUGCGAGGGGUGUGUUUGACUUUGAUCGAGUUACGGAAUGGGAAUCUAGUGUGAAGGAAGGAGAGGAAUUAAUUGUUGCAUAUAUACCGGAUAGUAAUAAUAAUAGUCAAGGGGCUGCUACCAAUACCACUACCAACAUCAUUGUAAAGACCGAUCCACAAGAAUCCGACUUUUCCGAACACGUCAAGCAGUAUGUAGAGUAUCAGAGCACGUAUGGAGAUGGGUGGAUUACUGGUAUUAGGUGUCAAAUGUUGAAGAAUACUCAAUCUGCUACGACCACUACGUCAACAACCACUCAAUCAGCUACAGAAAAUAUAUCCGUCAUUGCCAAACUUAUGGACUGUGGACUGUUACCCUCUUCAUACAUAGAACGUCUUUGA